AGGAGGCAGGAAAUCCUGCCUGCCUGGUGAGAUUUAUUUCCUGAAAUGAACAUCACAGCAAAGAGAGACAAAGUUCAACUUCACUUCCUCAACUGAAACUUAAGGUUUGUCAGAAGUUGAGUCUCUUUGUUUCUCUCUAAAGAAAGAUUCUAGAGUACACCGGGGCUUUCUUCACAACAUAGCAGUUUCUCUGUAUGUAGAUAUGGCUGAAGCCAGUUGUCGACUGUCUGAAGAUCAGUUUCUGUGCCCCAUCUGUCUGGAUGUGUUCAGUGAUCCUGUCACCACAUCAUGUGGACACAACUUCUGCAGAAACUGCAUCACUGAACACUGGGAUGCUAAUGACCAGUACCUGUGUCCGAUGUGUAAAAAGGUUUUCAACACAAAACCUGAGCUGCUCAUCAACACUUUCAUCUCUGAGAUGGUUGCUCAGUUCAGACAGUCAGCUCAACAGGAAGCCAGCAGCAGCAGCUCAGAGCAACAAGUGUCCAAACCAGGAGAAGUUCCCUGUGACGUCUGCACUGGACCCAAACUGAAGGCCCUGAAGUCCUGCCUGGUGUGUCUGGCCUCCUACUGCGAGACUCACCUGGAGCCUCAUCUGACAAUGUCAGGUCUGAAAAGACAUCAGCUGAUCGACCCUGUGGAGAACCUGGAAGGCAGGAUGUGUACGAAGCACGAUAAACCUCUGGAGCUGUUCUGUAAGACCGACCAGACAUGUGUCUGCAUGCUCUGCACUGUUUUAGACCACAAUAUGCAUGAUGUUGUUCCUAUGAAAGAAGGAUAUGAAGGAAAGAAGGCAGAGCUGGGGAAGACAGAGGCUGAAAUUCAGGAGAUGAUCAAAGAGAGACAACAAAGGAUUCGGAAUAUCAAUCGGAGAGUCAACUCCAGCAGGAAAAAUGCAGAGUCAGAGAUAGCAGAAGGUGUUGAGGCUUUCACAGCUCUGAUGAAGUUGAUUGAGAGAAGCAUGGACAUCCUCAUUGAAACAAUUCAAGAGAAGCAGAAAGCAAUAGAAAAACAGGCCGAAGCUUUCAUCAAAGAGCUGGAACAGGAAAUCUCUGAGCUGAUGAAGAGGAGCACUGAGGUGGAGCAGCUCUCACGCUCUGAAGACCACCUUCAUGUUCUCCAAAGCAUCCAGUCUAUGAAAGCUGUUCCACCCACCAAGGACUGGGCAAAAGUCAGAGUCUGUCCACAGUCAUAUGUGGGGACUGUGGCAAGAGCUUUGGCUCAGCUGAAGGAGACACUGAGUGAAGACAUUAAGAAACUGUUUAAAUCUGAACUAAAGGGGGUCCAGCGGUAUGCAGUGGAUGUGAGUCUUGAUCCUGAAACAGCACAUCCUAAUCUCAUCCUGUCUGAUGAUGGGAAACAAGUAAAUCAUGGUGAUGUAAAGAAAAAUCUCCCCGACAACCCAGAGAGAUUUUCUAAUUGUCUUUGUGUUUUUGGAAAGCAGAGUUUCUCAGAGCAGAGUUCCUCUUCAGGCAGAUUUUACUUCGAGGUUGAAGUUAAAGAAAAGACUAAAUGGACUUUAGGAGUAGCCAGAGAGUCGAUCAACAGGAAGGAGAACAUCCCACUGAGCCCUGAGGAUGGUUACUGGACUAUAGGAUUGAGAAAUGAAAAUGAGUACCAAGCUAAUGCUGACCCUCCUGUCCUUCUCUCUCUGAAGUCUCCUCCUCAGAAGGUGGGGGUGUUUGUGGAUUAUGAGGAGGGUCUGGUUUUAUUUUAUGACGUAGAUGCUGCAGCUCUUAUCUACUCCUUUACUGGCUGCUCCUUCCCUGAGAAGCUCUACCUGUACCUCGGUCCUUGUCCUAAUGAUGGUGGUAAAAACUCUGCCCCUCUGAUCAUCUCUCCUGUCAAUCGCACUGAGACCGAGUAGAACAAUUAUUUGAUUUUGUAUGAAAGCAAUCAGCUUUAAAUAAGAGUACAUAUUAUUUGGUAACGGUCACUGUAUUUUGGCUUUUUUUCUGAUUUACCUGGUUUUGGCAUUUUGUUAUUAUAUCAUAUUUCAACGCAUAUGAACAGGUUUGUAUGAUAUCGUAUGGAAACUUAUGAACACCCAUCCGUAUGAUCUACAAAUUUAGGUGUCCACCAGCUGGUCGUGUGACAACCUGGUUAAGUUUAGCGGCCUUUACACUUCAAUUAAGCCAACAAAAGGUUACUAGGAGUGGGCUUCAGAGCACCGUGAGCUGUCAGUCGUUUCAGAGGCCGUUGCUAGUCGAGUUUAACUGACAAAAGGUGACUUUGAGCCGGGUACAUGGCACCGUGAGCAUCCGGUCGUUUCAGCACUCUUAAGGCCUUUUUACAGUCACCGUUCCCGACCUGGCGCACGACAAUGUGACGUAAAAAUUACGUAGAUCAUAGAGGUCGUGCACCACUCUAUUUUUUUCAGCGGCUCACGACAAAGCGGAAACAGAAGCAUUGGAUGAGUUCUCUCUUGUAAACUUACUGGCUUAAGAUGAGCUCUUUUAUGGUGAAUGAAAGGCUUGAUCCGAGAAAGUAGGUCAUCAAAUGGUUGUGCAGACAUUCUGAAGUAUUCAAAGUGCCUCUCUUCAUCUAUCAUCCUCAUUUGUUUCACGAGGAUAUUGAACUCACCAUAUUUAUGUCUGGCGUUAUUCAAAGGAUGAACAUUCCACCUUCUUUUUCUUCAUUUCUUUGCAAGCAGGCUCAAAAGCAGCUGUUCUUCCUCAUCCAUUGACUCCUAUCUCAUCUCAGCCACUGUUGACAUUAACGUCAAUGCUGCUGCUGCCAGUUCUGCCGUUGUUUACCUUUUUCUUCUUCUUCUAGUCCGUAGAAAUAGCAAAGUCGGUAGCCUUUGCUCAGUUGCGACACCUCUGUUCAGGAGAAGACAGCAACUAGUGUCGCGACCACCACACGCAAGUAUAAACAGUUACAGCGUUCCCAUGAGGUCACACUGUCGCCCUACAGGUAGGGAAUGGCGAGAAUAAUGAACGCUUUAUACAGAAGCAGUUAAUAUGGUCCUUACAGAAAUAAUAUGUGUAACACUCUGUCCGGCGCCGCCCAAGACGAUUGUGAUUGGUUUAAAGAAAUGCCAAUAAACCAGAGCACGUUUUUUCUCCCAUCCAGGAAUGCUGUGUGGACUAGCCAGACCCUCCUUCACAGCGCUGUGGAGGAAGGUCUGGGCAAUGCAAGACUACCUUCAAUGUAUCCCACUGUUACUCACUGCUGCAACACAUAGGUUUUAACCCCUGAAAACCUUGUAGGGCUCAUAAUGUGUCUGGAAGUGAGUUGAAAUGUGUUUGAAUGAUGGACAUUUAGAGUACUGAGGUGUAGAUCCUAGAAUGAUGGGUGCAGGGUUUGCAUAUUUUACUCAAUAUAAGUUUCACAUAGCUUUAUUAUUGCGUCUGAUAAAUGUGUCUUACAUUGUUUUUUAAAAUUUUAAAGAUUCUGAAGGGGAAAACAACAUUAAUAAUAUCUGAUGUGAUAGGGUGUCGAAUUCCUACUGACCCGAUUGCUUUGUUACUUAACGACGACUCUAAAUUACACCUGCUUGGGAGACAGAGGAAAAUUUGGCUAGCCGGCUCAACUGCAACCAAGAAAAUGAUAACCCAACACUGGCUUCACCUCCCCCCACUCGCUUUGUAUAAAGCAGUGGUUGGCGUAUUUUCUGGACAUAUUUAUGCUUGAGCUCUCUACAGCAAGGAUUAACAAAGCCAAGUCACCUACUAUAGACCUAUGGAAAAACACAGCAGCACAAAUAUCAGACCUAAUGGCCACAAGAAUUAGGAGGGCGGGUGGGAGAGGGUUUUUGUUCAUGUUCAAUUUGUGUUUAUCUGUUCUGUAUUUUCAAUGAUUGAAAUGAUCUUAAAAAAAAAACUGAUUCCGAAGGGGAAAAUCAGGGCUACAGUCUAAUCUUAUCUAAUCUAAAUACUGCAUAAACUGUCCACGAGCUCGCCAAAACAUCAUGUCAUAAAGUUCCACAGAAACAAGAAAUUAAAGGUGUAAUGUAUGCAUACAGUACUUUUAAUGGCCUGAUCAGUGUACAUAUAAAAAUGCUGGAUUGUAACAGAUCAAUAAUUUUACUAUCUGUGUUUCUCAC